GCUACCUGCUUAUCUGCAUAAAGUAAGUCCAAAAUGGCACCGACCGCUCAACCUUUAUCCAGCCUAGCUCCCCACCACCCACCAUUCAGAUCUGCAUAUUUCUUACACCUUUUUACACCAUUAAAAGCCCCCUCACUCACCCCAAGAACAAACCUGCACUAUACCAAAAGCCCUAAAAACCCAAACCCUUUCUCAAACCAUAAAAAUGCCCAAAAAGAGAUCACCAAUUUUCCAAAAGGUCUCAAAUCUCCUCAAAUUAUCCAUUCUCAUUGCCAAAAUGAGAAAACCCAUCAUCCCAAAACUCAUUUUCAUCAAGAAAUCAACCAGCAGACUCAAGAAGUUCAAGCUUCUCAAGCAUUACAACAAUGGGUACAUUCAAGAAUACCAAUUCUCUCCUUCAAACACUCCUCUCAUUCACUACUACCACAGUCAACAGCCAAUCAAGAAGAAGAGCAAUAGAGACAUAUACUCUAUGUUCUUUUUGUGCAGGUGUUUGGGAGAUGUAGAGUCCCCAUUGGAGACUCUGCCUGGCAUUGAAGAUGAAGUGCUGACAAGAGAAUUGUCAGAGUUCUCGGAUUCGGGCGGCGAAGAAGACUCUGUUGAUGAGAAGGCAGAGAGGUUUAUUGAGAGGUUUUAUGAAGAGAUGAGGAAGCAGAGGCAGGAAUCAACUUUGCAGCUGAGUUGAAUUUUGGACCUGUGACACUGUUCAAGGACUUGUUAAUUCCUUUUUGGCUAUGUUCUCCUCAGGAAUUUUAGACUUGUGGAGACACUGUUUGAUUUGCUUUCAUUUGUUGUGAAAUUAAUGUUUUAUUUUGAGAAGCUAAAGGGUGUUUUUCUAGACCAAUGGCAUUGGUGUAGUCAGCUUAAUCUGUCCUAAUGGAAGUUUUGUAUUUAUUAUUAUUUUUUUUCCAAUAAGAUUUUCAAUUUAUUGAAUGUGA